AACGGCGCCGGGAUCGGGAGCGCGCGCGGGGCGGCCGCCGUCCCGCCGCUCCCGGGCUGGGUGAGCCCCCCCGAGCCGUCCUCGCUCCCGGCGCCCCGGGAGGGCGCUCCGCUGGGUGCGAGGCCGGGCAGGCGGCGGGAGACACGCGAAAGCUGCGCCGGCGUCUCCGUUACUCCUGGGAGCGGGCGGGAGGACGCUCCGUCCCGGUCAAGUGACAGCGCGGGCCGGCCGGUGAGGAGGGACGGGCGUUUCUGCGGGUGUUCCUGCCGAGCGCCACCGGUGCCGACUCCGGGAAGAGCCGCGGAGUCCCGGGCCGCGCUCCCCGCCGCCGGCGGGGCACAGGGAGGACCGGAGGCUUUUGCCGGGGGAGAGGAAAGGAAGCUGACAGCAAAGGUGAAGAAGUGCAGACAGUGUCUCUUGCCGUGGUGCUCUGAAGGUGGUUUUCAUUAGGAACCUCUGGAGUGGAACAGCUGUUGCUUCCAUCCUGCUUCAGGACCUUCUGCAGCUCUGUGAUUGCUGAUACAUGCUUGACAGCCUCAAAGGGUCCUGGCAAGAUGGCAUCUUCUAGACUUCCCAUCCUUAUAGCAUUGGCAUUUUCCUCUUUGCCUUUUGUUCUUUCACAUUCAAACAGGGUAAUGUGGUUUCAGGAUUUCUUUCCACCUAAUGUGUGCCCUAUAAAUGCCAAAGCAAAUACUUUUUAUGGCAUCAUGUUUGAUGCAGGAAGCACUGGAACCCGUAUUCAUAUUUACACCUUUGUGCAGAAGAGCCCAGAAAACCUUCCAGAGUUGGAAGGGGAAAUCUUUGAGUCUGUGAAGCCAGGUCUGUCUGCAUAUGCUGAUCAGCCUGAAAAGGGUGCUGAAACUGUCAAAAAAUUGCUGGACAUGGCCAUAGAUGCAGUGCCACCUCAUCUCUGGAAGAAGACCCCAGUAGUGUUAAAAGCCACGGCUGGACUUCGCUUGCUGUCAGAGGAGAAAGCUCAGGCUCUGCUUUCAGAGGUGAAAGAAGUCUUUGAGGAAUCACCAUUUCUUGUUCCAGAGGACAGUGUUGGCAUCAUGGACGGAUCUCAUGAAGGAAUUUUAGCCUGGAUCACUGUGAACUUUUUGACAGGGCAGCUGUCUGGCCAGAACCAGCAAACUGUUGGGACUCUGGACUUGGGAGGAGCCUCAACCCAAAUCACAUUCCUGCCGCGGUUUGAGGAAACUCUGAAGGAAACCCCUGGGGAUUUUCUUACCUCAUUUGAAAUGUUUAAUAGCACCUACAAGCUCUACACCCACAGCUAUUUGGGGUUUGGACUAAAAGCUGCAAGACUGGCAACUCUUGGAGCUUUGAAUAUGGAAGUUGUGGAUGGACAAAUGUUCCACAGUUCUUGUUUGCCGAGGCAGUUGGAGGCAGAGUGGCACUUUGGGGGAGUGAAAUACCGGUAUGGUGGCAACAAAGAAGGAGAAACAGGAUUCAAGCCUUGCUACUUAGAAGUACUCAAGGUUGUCAAAGGGAAACUUCACCAACCAGAUGAGAUUCGUGGAAGUUCCUUCUAUGCUUUCUCCUAUUACUAUGAUCGAGCAGCUGACACGAACCUAAUCGAUUAUGAACAAGGAGGUGUUUUGGAAGUGAGAGAUUUUGAAAGAAAAGCCAAAGAAGUCUGUGAUAACAUGGAGAGGUACAACUCAGCCAGUCCUUUCCUCUGCAUGGAUCUCACUUACAUCACUGCUUUAUUAAAGGAAGGUUUUGGAUUUAGGGACAACACAGUCUUACAGUUGACAAAAAAAGUAAACAACAUAGAGACAAGCUGGACUUUGGGUGCUACUUUUUACCUGCUGCAGUCUCUGGGGAUGACCUAUUGACCUGUGAUGCUGCUGUGGACUUCAGCAUUUCUGAAAGGGUGAGAAAGUAAAUUGCAAUCUCCGGGUAUGUUGUUCAGCUGGGACUGGUCACAGAGCAGAACAUGGACCAAAGAUACACGACUGAUCUUUAUCCCGGAUUGGCAUUUUGCCUAAUGAGAGUUGCCACAGUAUGAUUUAUAACUGUGAUUGCCAUAAAUGAUCCAGAAUCUGCCUUAAGAAAGUCAAAAGGUCUAAACUCCAGCAGAGGAUACGCAAGGGGCUCAAAACCAGCUUUCACCAGCAAGUUUGUUAGAAGCACAGAGUUCCUGGAUGUGGUGGCAGACAACAGACACGUGACUCCCCUACCCCCUUCUAUUUAAACAUACAUAACUUAAGUUUGCUUGUGAGAUGUUAAAUACAAAAAAUAAAAAUAGCAUCAACAGUCAUUCAGAGAAAAGUGAACAACUCUGGCUGCUGCCAACCUCAGUGUUCCAAGAAUCCAGCUGCUAGCUUAGCUAAUACAUGGCACAAAUAUUCCAGUGUUUCAAGAAAGGCCUGCUAUAAGUACACUUUGGGCAUGAUUUUGGGAAAGGUGUUGGCUAAAACAUAGUAAUUUACCAAGCCUUUUGUUUUUAGGCAGUAGUCAUUUCCUAAGCAGAAUGUGUGCCUGACUGUGUUUCAGCUUUGCUGCCCUUCACAAGUCUGUGCAGCUACACUGUACAUCCAACUACGACUUGAUAAAUUUAUUCAUUUAGCAUGUAGUCAUAACACAUAGCUGUGCUGGCACAACGAGGCAGCAGUGCCAGCUACUGAAACUCAACUGCCAGAAGAUGUGCUUGUCACAUUCCACCCACAAGGGGAUUGCAGUCAGAUGAAAUGGCUGAUCUGACAGCUCACUUUGCUUUGAGAGCCAGUUCUGUUUCUCUGCUCUCAGCAAGGCACUCCACGGUCUUCUUCCCUCUGCUGCUGGUGCUCCUCAGGUUCUUGGGUGAACUGAUUCAGGACACCAAACUUGGGGUGGUGCUCACUCAAAAGUCUAGUGCUAUCCCAAGGGAAGCAGGCACGGCACAGCACAGGGAGACCUGCUGGGCCAUCGAGCUGUCCAAGCACCACAGCCCAUUUUGUUGGAGUGAGCUCUAAGGUGUGAUUUCCCAUUUGAAACCCAUCCAUUGCCCUAAGUAAGAACAGCUGUAGAGACUUUUUCCACCCCAUGAAGUAAUUGGCAGCUUGCUACUGUCCUCUCUUCCCCAAGGAAUGUAUAAGGUACAGGUGAAUUUACCCAUCACAACAAAGAGGUAUUACUCGUGUGACUAACAGAAACUUUAAUCCACUGAUCUCUUGAGAUGAAUACUUUCCUGUUGGGCAGUUGCAGUUACCUGUUUGCUCUAAAACACCUUUCCUGCUUCUGUCAAACCAAAGACUACCCUCACACUCCCUUCUCUGCAAACUGGAUUUGAAAAUAAUUGGUAAUUCCCAGCAAGGGGAGGAACUAGUGCACUCAUGUCUUCAAUGGUCUUGCCAAACAGUUUGGAGACUUAGAAAUCUGCCUGUGAACAUUAGUCCUUUUCUUCUAGUUAGCAGUGCAAGUUUUCCUGUGGCUGAUUAAGCUACCCCUUCUCAUAUCUCAGGUUUUACAGCACAAGGGUGCAAGGCAUGCUUUUGGUCUGCAGAACAAGGUGACUGCAAAUGCAUUUCAUUUUGUCUUCAGUGAACACUUUUGUAUUCUCAAAAAACAUGAAGUAGGAUGCAGUGGUUACUGGCCAGGCUGCAUUAUCCUGAGAACGAGCUAAUUUAAUAAUCCAAAAGUCAUCUUUCAGUCUGAGCCAGUGCUAUGACAAACUCCUGGAUCUUGAGGCUAAGAGCUGUCAGCAGUGAGGCUGUGUUUUGAAGAGGAAGGGUAGGUGGGAUGCUCUACCUAAGGGAGAAGCAGCAGCAGCAUUAUCUGCCCCCCUGAACACACACUAACCCUGAGGAGUGCUCGAGAGCUGGGUUUUGUCUGAAGCAAGGAGGGGCUAGAAGGGUACCAUGCAGAGGAAGAUGUUUUUUCUGCAUUCUUUUCCUCAGAGACUGGUACUACAAAUGCUAGGGGGGAGCAUCUGCUUCCCAAUACCAAAGUUGAAUUUAAUCUGAAUGCUCAGGGCCUUCAUUUGUCAGUGGCACAAUUCAUUAACUGAAGCAAAACUGCUGCUAUUACUGGCAUGAUCCUUCAGUUAUGGGAGAAACAAAAACUCUGUUAAAAAGUUAAGUUUUGCAAGAAAUUGCAGAAUUGAGCCCCUGCUGUUUACAUCUGAACUACCCAAGUGGGUGGGGGGAUCUGGACAACCCAGUCAAGUCCUCACACUUACCCUAGUGCAAUGACAUUAUUUAUUAGCUAAAGUAAAGAGUAAGCAGCCUUUUAAGAGAAGAGCUCUACUUGCCAUCCUGAUUUUUAUCUCUUCCUUUGUAAUGUCUUUUAGCCAGCCACUAACAGGAACUGCCUAAUAUGAGUGACUACAGAAGCACAAGUCAUGGCUUUCAGUUCAGAACUCAUUCUUUCUGAUGUUAAUUUCUGAUACUGGUCAACCAUAUGUGUAAAUCUGGCCCAUGGACAGUGCUUUAAUUUUGUGAGUGGCAAGUGUCUAAUGCGAGAAAGGCUGGUGUUUGGAACCUAAGACAGAAUAUCUUGAAUUGUCUGUUUUAGUAAUUAAAGCAUUUUUAACAAUA